GCGCGGCAGUGAUUGCCGGGGCAUGCCGGCGCCGGGAGGAGGGGCUCGGGCAGCCGCGGCUCCGCCGCGCCCGCGGCGGCGGCAUCAGCAGCAGCAGGAGGAGCGGCGGCGCGACGCGAUGGGGCAGGGGCGGUGAUGGCGGAGCCGGCGGAGCUGCGGCAGGAGUCGGUGGUGCGGUUUCUGGCGGCGCGGGGCGGGCGGGCGCGCAACGCGGAGCUGCUGGAGCAUUUCCGGGACUGGCUCAGCCCCCCGGAGCCCGGCCGCCGCACCGCCGCCCGCCACCGCUUCAAGGAGCUGGUCAACGCCGUGGCCACCGUGCGCCAGGAGCCCGGCACCGGCGUCAAGUACGUGCACCUCCGCCGUCGGUACUGCGCCCCGGAGCCCCCCGCCGCCGCCCUGACCCCCGGGGAGGAGGGGGCGGCGGCGGCGGCGGGGGACAGCGCAGAGCGACCGAGCCCGCCGCCCUGCCCGCGGGCGGGCGCUGAGGAGGCGGGGGCGCCGUCGGCGGCGGGCGAGGAUGCCGGCAGCCGCCCUCAGCCCUCGGGGCGGCGGGGCGAGCCGCCCCGGCCGAGCGCGGCGGCGGGCGGAGGCCAGCGGAAGGGCUCCCGGCGGGGACCGCCGCCCGGGCGCGGCGGAGGCGGCGAGGAGACUGCGGUAGCCGCGGGCCCGGGGCGGCCCCCGCCGGCAGAAGAGGGGGCGGUGGCGGAGGGCGCCCCCGGGGCGGCGGCGCAGGGAGGCGGCCGCAGGAGCCUGCGGGAAGCGGCGCGGGGCGGCUCGCCCCAGCUGAAGCGCGGCGCCCUGCCCGGGGGAGGCCGCGGCCGCGACUCAGACAGCGCCUCGGUGGCCUCGUCCUCCGCCGAGGAGGAGGGGAGCACUACCGGCGCCGUAGCCCUGGACCCCCUGGAGCACGCCUGGAUGCUGUCGGCCUCGGACGGGCGGUGGGAGAGCCUGGAGGGGCUGCUGAGCUGCGAGCCGGCGCUGCUCUGCAAGCGGGACUUCAUCACCGGCUUCACGGUGCUGCACUGGGCCGCCAAGCACGGGCGGCAGGAGCUGCUGGCCACGCUGGUCAACUUCGCCCAGCGGCACCAGCUGCCCGUGGACAUCAACGCCCGCACCAGCGGCGGGCACACGGCGCUGCACAUAGCCGCCAUGCACGGCCACGCCGAGGUGGUGAAGCUGCUGGUAGGAGCCUACGACGCCGAUGUGGACAUCCGCGACUACAGCGGGCGCAAGGCUGCGCAGUACCUGCACCAGGGCACCUCGGGGGAUAUGCGGAGCCUCGUGGGGGCCCUGGAGGAGGAGGAGGAGGAGGAAGGGGCCGCUGCCAAUGGGAGCGGGCGCUGGAGGCUCUCCAAGGUGUUGCCCUCCAACCUCAUGAGCUACCGGCUCUCCCACCACCACCACCACCAUCACAGCACUGGGGAGGAAGCUGAGGGCACUGAAGGGGCAGCGGUGCCAGGCAAGGGCAAGGAGAUGACCAGGAAAGCCUCCAGCAGUGGGCGGAUGAAGCCUCGGCUUAAUAAGAUCCGCUUCAGGACUCAGAUCAUCCACAACACGCCCUCCUUUCGCGGUGACACUGAGGAGGAAGAGCACGAGGAGAAAUCCCUGAAAGCGUCGUUCAAGCUUAGGCCAAAAUCCAAUGUCUUUGGAUAAGGCCAGGGAGCAGGAGGUCUGGGAGGUGGGCGCAUGGACCAGUGUGCCCUAGGGCAUGGCACGGAGGGUGAGGCAGGUACGAGUGGGUGCUCAUCUGCACUCGUGGGUUCUGGGCAGAUGGGUCCUCAAUAUCUUGCUUUGACUCUCGGUUCAGUGGGGUAGGUGAGCCCAGUGGGUCAAUAGGGCUCUGGUGGCUUAUAACUCCUGAGGGCAGCUGCUUCAUCUGGGCCCUCGCUGCUGGAAUGGGAAGCAGCAGGUGCGUUGAGAAAUGCUGGGGUGUUUGAAAGCUGUGGUCCUUUCACUCUAAGAGCAGGCGUCAGGAUUGGAAACUUGUGUUAGUGAACAUUAGGAUUAGAAAAUUGAGUGAGGGAAAGAAAAACGCAAAUGCUCUAUGCUUUCUAUUAUCAGCUAGUACUAUAAACUACUUACAAACAACUUGCUAUGUCAGAAGAACACCUAAGUAAUAUGCAAGUGUACUUUCAAGUUUCUCUUUAACAGCAAUACCACUUGGCACAGUGUGGAGUUGGGUACCCAAAAUGAGAGGCUGGAUAAUGGUUUCCUGUCAGAAUCCAAGCUUAAAUCCGUCAAAGACUUGAGCCUGUGUUGACUUUAUGCAUUGAAAAUUGCCUGAUUUGACAUUGUGAAUAUUUUCAACAACAAAAAAUCCAUUGCACUGCAAACAAUGAAUAAAGUUAACCACAUGCAGAAGUCUCUGCUGUCUGAGAUACUACUGAGCUUGCUUAUCGCUGUUGGAAUACUAAUACAAGAUAAUGGAAGCAAAGAGUUUAUAUAUUUGGUAUCUUAUGUUUUGUCUUAGGCAAAGCAAUUUUAUUUUAAUCACUGUGAAUUCUCAAGUGCCAGACCUAGCGCAGUUCCAGUUAUUAAGUCUGGUCAGUUCUUCUUAAUGUUGUUUGUGUAACUCACUGCAUUUAAAAACAGAAAAUUGUGUUGUACGUACUACCUGUGAAAGUUGUUGUCUUUUAGAAAAGAGCACAGACACCAUUGCAUGAAACCUUGAUGAAACUCUAGUAUGGUCCUGUAAUGUAAUAGCUACAGGUCUGUGUUUGGUAGUAACUUGUGUGCCAAUCCCUUCAACUGACUGUGCAGAAAUUGGGGGGCGGAGGGGGGAGGCGAAGAGAGAGAAAGAAAAAAUAAAAAAGGAAGGUGUGUGAAUUCAUACACAAGGUGAAUAACUACAAACUAGAACUCUGAAACUAUCACUGUUUAUCAUCCUGAGUGAAAGCAGUAUAAUGACAUGUUCUAGUUAAGUGAUGCCAAUGGUGUUUGAGUUCUUUUAAACCUGUAUUUCUAGAGGAGUGAUAACCAAGGCUUUGAACUGUUGUUUAACAGCCUAGUAGGUCUUAAUCUGAUUGAUGAGCCUAUCCGUCUGCUAAACCUUUCACAAACCUUGAAUCCUGUUUCUCUGCUUUAAAGGUAGCAAUUCCAGUAAAAUCUAGGAGGCAGAUUUGUAUCUAGAUUUGGCUUUCCUUAAGAAUGAGGUACUGAGCUGACCCAGGAUCCUGAAUGAGGUUCAAGGUAGCAGCUCAUCUGUGCUUAGAUGUUAAGGUAAAGCGUGUUUCGAGUUGGCUUCCUCAGAAUGUAUGUGCAUGUCUGGCCUGCCAUUAACCAAAAGUAGGUAGGCUUCGACAUGUUAAAAUCCAAAUCUGAGAAACUGAUUAAAUGCAUGCCACAAGCUCUAGAACACCUUGCAGGGAAACUGCUGCUGGGAGAUGUGCACUUUCAAGGUAACAGCUGCCUGUAGGUGUACGUUUCUUGUAGUGACAAGGGAAGGGAGUGCUAGCAAUUCAUUUGUUUCAGACUUCCCAUGCAGAUAAAUUACCAAUUUCUGCACUUUGUGUCAAAACCUAAUAAAUGACAGUAUUUGCAUAGGCAUGCGAGUGACAGUUACUUCUGGGAAAAGUUACGUGAAAAAAAUUGAAUCUCUGCAUAGGUGCUGGUCAGUACUUUUGUGCAAAAAGCCUAGAAUUUAUACAGAGGUUCAGAUUUAGUUUACAAUUUAUAAGCUAUGUUAUUAUAGAUUUCAUGUGCCUUCAUUUUGGGUUGGUUGCCACAAAUGUGAUGGAUAAAAUCAGUCUUGCAAAGCACUUUGUCUUUACAUCUGUAGGACAGGACCAGAAGUUUUCCCUCAGCCCCUCCCAUUUAAGCUGUAAACUUGUACAAUGAAAAGGGGGGGGGGGGGGGGGGGGGGGGAAUACUCAUAUACUUCACAGUUAAUUCUUUUGUAACGGAGAAGGUAAUUAAAUGCCUAAGUCUUAAAUUUCCUUCACUCUGGGAGAUAAAUAGCUUUUUAGACUUCUGUAGAAAGGAAGUUUUCUGACGGAACACUGGCAAGAUGAGCCCUCUUCAGCAUGGCCAGUUCUGAAUUGAGCACCUAUUCUUCCAUGCAACUACUGAUGUCCAAACCUUACUAAAGUAACUUUGUGCUUUGAGAGUUUAUAGUUCUUUCGUAUGAGUUAUUGGGUGAAGUGUUUAUCUCUUCACGUUCAAAUAGCAAAGAAUUGCACAAAAAUACUGAGUCUUAGAUAGCUGUUGGGGUCUGGGGAAAUAAUUUGAGGGUUUCAGUGCUUUGGGAUUUGGAAAGUAGCACACUUUUGAUUUUAAAAGACUAACUGGAACGUAGUUUUGUCUUGCAUAAUACAGUAGAACUUUGGUAAUUACUAAGGGAACUUGAAAAAUGGUAAAAAGAUGCCUCGUUUAUAACUCAUUAUUUGAGGUAUCAAAAUGAAACUGUUGAUCCACUGAUACUGUUUAGCUGCCAGUUAAUGAAAUUUCACCAUAAUGGUCCAAAGGUCUUUGCAAAGUGGGGUGCAACACAGCAAACGUAUCUUUUGGUGUUGGAGAUAUAUUGACAAAUGGCUAGAUAACCACUAGUGUCUGUCUGCGCUAUGGAACUAAAGCACUUUGAUUUCACAUUAUGACUUGUCACAUUCCACAUGGUUACUUUUUAUAACAUGAGCUAAAACUUCAGGUUUUUUUUGGAGAUAGGAAAGGCUUGAUGCCCUGUUUCAGAAUAUUUACAGUCUAAAGGUACUCUUAAGUCAAAUAUUUUGGAUACAUUGCCUAGAAGGAUGUGAAUUUGGAAUAAGAGUUUUACGGUACAGAAAAGUGGAGCACUUACUGGUGUUUUUAUAAUGGUACGCUUGAAGUUACUGAAUGUGUUUGUUCACUCUUUAUGAUGGUGUGUAAGGCAGCAAGACUGUAAUGUGUAAACAUUUGAUACCUUUUAUUGUAUCUUAUGUUUGAAAUAUUUUAGAGGCCUGGAACCCUGUCAGUUUCUAUUAUUACAACUUUUUAUGGGUGUCUUUCUGAAUGGUUAUGAGUUAAGAAUCUGUAAGCUUUAGUUUUACUGAAAUAAAAAGAGCCCAUGAAUUGCU